AUGGAAUACAGUCUUAACUUUUAUGUUUAGGAGUAAGAUAAAAAGUCUUAACAUAAGUCGUCCACCACCAAAACCAAUACCGCUACCAACCCCAAUGCCGGUGAUUAAGUAAUCACAAAAACCACAGGCUAUUCUGCUUCAUAAGCCUAAUUGCUGUCAAAACGUACCUAUAAAGAGGAUCUAAUGAAGUCCUCAACAGGCAAGUAGUCUUCUCAAAAGGCUGAGCUGGAAGAGGGCGAAGAAGGUGAAGAUUUUGAGGACGGUGAGUAUGUUGAAGGCGACGAAGGGCAUCAAGAAAACAAGACUGGGAACGGUAAUUAAUCAGACUAUGACUCAGCAGAAGAGAUCAUAAAGCAAAACCUAAGGACUCAAACAAAUACUACAGGCAAUUAUAAAAUACCAAAGUAUUCCAAGCUAAAAGGAAAAUCAGGAGAGUAGUAUUAAAUUGUCCAGCAAUCAUCUUAUGAUUCUAACAGUGAUUCCUACUCUUCGAAUUCGUCAGGAAAUAACAACAACAAAAAGUAAAGAGCCAAUCAAAAUGCCAAAUCUAAUUUCAAUUAAAAAGGCUUUAAAUAAAACAAUCAACACUUCUAACAAAACUAACUAUAAAACUAGUAAUAGUAGUUUUAGCAUCAAUUCAAGUAAUAGAAUCAAUUUUAAAAGGGCUAAAAGUUUGGUUAACAAUAAAAUUUCUAAUAGCAGAAUUUAAACUAAAAAAAGAAGUUUAAUUAGCAGAAUUAAUAGCAACAAAAUAAGCAGAAGCCUGGACUUGGAGGGAAAAAGAAUAUCUAGUAGCAAUAACAAGAUUAGUUUUACACUACAAGAUAAGGUAAGAGGUUCAAACCAAAUUAGGCUGGAGGCUAAAAUGGCCCUGUGCAUGGCACAACCUACAUGAAUAGCAAGCUUUGCAAGUACAUUGUUACUAAUACUUGUCAUAGAGGAGCAGAUUGUGAUUAUUCUCAUGAUUUGCAUCUAUUCCCGUGCAAGUAUCUUCAUGGCACUGGGUUCUGCGAAAAAGGUCAAGGCUGCAAGUUCAGUCAUAAACUGCUGGCCAAUGAAGAGAUCUAGAAGUUUAUGCAAGAGAAUGAGGAAUUCCUUAUGGAGAUUAGGCAAAAGCAAGGAAAGACUAAUCUCUCAGAUUACUUUGAAAGAUAUAUCAAGAAUAAGGAAAUGAUGUAAAAUGGGCAACAAAAGAUUCCUGAUCAUGCAAUGAUCUCUCCAGGUUUGAUGAUGAUACCAGAAAAUAGCCACAUGCAAAACAAUCCUUUACUAGGGUUAAACUUAAUGUAAAAUCAACCUAAUUAGUUAAGGACUAACAAUAUUGGUGGAUUUGGGUCGUCCUAGUUACUAAAUUAAGGUCAAGGCUAAUAGUAAUUUUAGUCAUAAAAUUUAGUAAGCCAAAUUUAGGGCUUGCUUGAGGUACCAGACUUAAAGAAGUUACUCCAGCCCUAGACAUAAAAUAUACUUCCAGGAGCAUUAAAUAUUGGUUAAUAGUAGUAACUCUAGCCUUAGAAUUAGAUUCUUAAUUAAUUGCUCUAGCAAACUACCUAGCCAGCAUUGAACAAUCAAACAAACAUUUUAUAAGCAUUGUUGGGAUAGAACUAGUAGCCUCAAAUUCAGCAGUAAUAAAUUCAACAAUAGAACAGUCAAGUUUAAUAGCUAUUAUCUCUACUGGGCUAAAAUCAGCAAGCAAACUAGCAACAGCAGUAACAACAGUAAUAACCAAUAGCUGCUGCAUUAUAAAGCUUACUAAUGCCUCAGAAUUAGGCUUAGUUGUAAACUAAUAGUCUAGCUGCAGCUUUAUAGGAUCCUAGAUCUUAACAGUAAAUAUAGGCAGCUUAAUUAUUGCAGCAGUUAAAUCCUGGUAAUAAUCUUUUAUCUAAUGACAUUCAGCAGUAGACUGCUAAUGUCUUAAAUAAUCUAAUGAAAUCAAUUGCGCCUGCUUAAUAGCAAAUUCAAUAAUAGACUCUUACCUAGUUGAACCAACUUAACCCAGUUCAAAAUUUACUUAACUCAUUGCAAUAAGCUAGCAUGUUGCCAACAAAUAAUUAGACUAACAACUAAAAUCAACUUCCUCAAAUGAACAUGCAGUAACCCUAGCUAUUUAACCAGUAAUUACUUCAAACUUAGUUUGGUUCUGACUAGCUACUAACCCAACUAUAAGGAGCUGGAAUGGUAUAAUAGCAUCAACAAUUACUGAACCCCUAACUAAAUAAUAUUACUUUAGGUGUAAGUAACCAAAUGAAAAAUCAUGGAUCCAACCAACAACAACUUUCAAACAAUGAGGUUUAUAAUCCUUAUGAUCCUAGGAAAAAGGCUGUUGAAAAAAAAUCAUAGGUUGCAAGAGAUCUCGAAAAUCUCUAUAACAAGCUUUAACAGAACAAAGAAGCAUCACUCUAGAGAUCCCUUAGUAAGGUUUCAGAGCCUGAUAACUCAGAGUCAAACUAAGAUUCAAUUGCAAAGGACAAUGCCAAAUCUUCACAACAGUCAAAAGUUGAAUAGAAAAAGCAAACUUUCAAAAGCAACGAUGAUGCUAGUAGCAGUGAAGAAGGUGGAUUUGAAGCAAAGUCUAGAAAGGAUAGUGGAAAAAAAGAAGAGGGUGAAAUGCUUUAGAAAGUGGAAAACUAAGAGGAAUUUUUUAAUACUGGAAAGAAACUUCAAACAGAGCAAGCCAAGCAAAGUCUGAAAGACAAGCUAGCGUUAUCUGGAAUCAUUAGGAAAAAUUGA